GCAAAAGAUACCCUUCUUUAGUUUUUGGGACGCCCAAAUCAUCCAAGAAUAUUAUUGGGAAAAGCAAUCCUCUCUGGCAGUACAUCCUGGAUCACUCUUUGCGAGAACAUCCCAUUCUAAAGAAGCUGCGACUGGUCACUGCUGAUCAUCCCUGCAGAGGAAUGAUGGUGUCCUGUGACCAGGCUCAACUUAUGGCAAAUUUGGUCAAACUCAUUAAAGCCAAGAAAGUUAUUGAAAUAGGUGUUUUCACAGGGUAUAAUACCUUGAAUAUGGCACUUGUCUUGCCAGAUAAUGGCAGAGUUAUUGCCUGUGAUAUAAAUGAGGACUAUGCCAAAAUUGGAAAGCCACUAUGGAAAGAGGCAGGAGUAGAGCAUAAAAUUGACUUGCGGAUUAAGCCAGCAAUUCAAACACUUGAUGAAUUGUUGGCCAGUGGAGAAGCGGAAACCUUUGACUUUGCUUUCAUUGAUGCGGAUAAAGAAAGCUACAAUGAGUACUAUGAAAAAUGUUUGCGCCUCAUAAAGAAAGGGGGAAUAAUAGCUAUUGAUAAUGUCCUUUGGAGUGGAAGGGUGCUAAAACCAAGAAAGGAUGACUUGGCAACCCAGAGCAUCCACCACCUCAAUGAGAAGCUUCUCAGAGAUGCACGAGUCAAUAUCAGCAUGCUCCCAAUGGGGGAUGGCGUCACGUUAGCAUUCAAGUUGUAA